UUAACCCCCCUGCGGCCCUGCCCAUCCAUAUCUUCUACAUAUAUCUUUCAGUAUUAUCACUCACGACACACAAUCCAUAGAGCUUCAAUACUCCUACUGUGUAAAUACCCACAACUGAAAAUGGAAGCCAAGUCCAUUAUUUCCGCUGCUACCUUCACUAGUUCCUCUCUAGCUCCAGUUUUUGGCUCUAAUGAUUUCAGUAACAGGAAGCUUUUGCCAUUGCCUUCACGGGUUAAUUAUCCUGGGAGAUGGAGUGUCGGUAUCGAUCGCAAAAGCUUCAGAUUGUGCCCCAAGGCUAGUCUCAGAGGGAAUCUGGAAGCUGUUGGAGUUCCUACUUCGGUGCCUAUCCGAGUUGCACAUGAACUUCUUCUCGCUGGACACCGAUAUUUGGAUGUCAGGACUCCUGAAGAGUUCAGUGCUGGACAUGUGGUAGGGGCAAUAAACAUUCCAUAUAUGUACAGAGUUGGAUCAGGAAUGUCAAAGAACCCUAAAUUUCUGGAGCAAGUAUCUUCACAUUUUGGAAAAUAUGAUGAAAUUAUUGUUGGUUGCCAAAGUGGGAAAAGGUCUAUGAUGGCUGCAACCGAUCUUUUAGCUGCCGGUUAUACUGCCAUCACUGAUGUUGCUGGUGGAUUUGCUGCUUGGACGCAGAAUGGACUUCCAACGGAAGAUUGAUGUAUUUUGGUGGGAAUCGUGAAUCCUGAAACUACCACGAGUUUUAGUUCACAAUUAGCAGAGAAGGUGAUGUGCAAAAAAUCACUUCACCUUAACAGUAGACAGUGCUACCACAGAUUAUUGUAAAAAGCAUAUCAGAGUUAUAUGGAUAGUUGCUGCUUUCAUGGAAAAUCAAAAUGUACUGUUGUAAAUGUCAUGGGAAGCAAAAUAAAAUGUCUACUUUGUACAGAAA